UCAUUUCCAAUCAAAUCAAAUCAAUACAUCAUUAAAAAACACAACCUUGAAAAAGAAGAAAUGCUGAUGAGAAAAUGGACUUUCCAUUGAAGAACAAAAUCUGUGGUGUAUGUGGUGAUAAAGCUUUAGGUUAUAAUUUCAAUGCAUUAACAUGUGAAUCGUGUAAAGCAUUUUUUCGUCGUAAUGCACUUCGUAACAAGAAUUUUCGUUGUUCAACCGGAGGCAAUUGUAAAAUGACAGCCCGUACAAGAAAAAAUUGUCGCCAAUGUCGAUUGAAAAAAUGUUUCGAAAUUGGAAUGCGAAAAGAUUGGAUUCUCACCGAACAUUAUAAAAAGUUGAAUAUACAUCGAAAACAUCGUCGACGUCAUGAUAUACGGCCCAAUAGUUCGGAACAACAACAACCAAAAACCUCAACUUCCGAUGAUGGUGGCAGUGAUGAUGAUGAACAAUCAUCGCCGACAAAUAUAAUCAUCAUACCGUUAUUAAUGGAUAAUAAUAAUGACUCAUCGAUGGACUGUUUGGUCCAAAAUGAUGAUUUGAUCAAAUUUAUUAAUAAAAAAUGUGAAACGAAAAACCAUUCAACAAUGGGAAGCAGUAAUAUUAUUACUGAUAAUGGCCACGAAUGGCCGACAAACCAAUGUUAUAAUGAUCAUGAUGUUGUUGGCAAUAUGUCAAUGAUCAAUGAUAACAAGAAAGAUAUUUUUGGCACGAAAAAUUGCAAUUUAAAUGAAAUAAAAUAUGAAUCAAAAAAUGAGAAAAAUGUCAAACAAGUCAUUGGGAUCGUUACAAAUGAUAACAACAACAGUAGCCAUUCUAAUUCAAACGACGUUCUGAACGACAACAACAAACAAUAUUGUGAUGGCAAAAAAUACUUUUUGAUGAAUGAUGACCAAUUCGAAUGUUUUGAAAAUUCAAAUUGUUUACGCAACAAGAAUAGUACAACAACAACAACAACAGCAGCAUAUAGUAUAAAUAACGACGACGACGACGACAAUAAUUCAAAUGGUCACGAAAUGUUUGACAAUUUAGAAAAAGCUGCACCGAUAAUAGAAUUAUCAAGUUGCAGUAAUUAUAUUUGGCACAUUUCCGAUUUUGCUUAUCGUCAUGCUAUUCGAUUGGAACACACAUUGAAUCCAUUGGAUCACCAAACAUCAUCAGUCACAAACAUUAACCCUGAUGAUGAACAAGAGCGACAAAAACAACUGUUUGAAUUGAAUCCAUUGGAACAAGAAAAAUUGGACGAAGUUAAUCAUUAUCUGCGAACAUUAUAUGAUUUAGGUGAUAAUCCUGAAAAUAAAAAAAUCAUACGUCAUGUACAGGAUGGACUUAAAUAUCUGGAAAUGAGUAUGAAAAAUUUAAUUAUAACAGUGAAGAAUAUACCACCAUUCAAAAGAAUGUGUCAAGAAGAUCAGAUACAAUUGUUGAAAGCCAGUGCCAUUGAUAUUAAAUGGAUUAUUAAUUUGAGAUUUUUCGACGAAUCACGUAAAUCAUGUUUGCUGCCUAAUCCAGACGCAGAAGACCGCCAUUCAUUCAUUGUAUUCGACGAUGAUUAUCUGCAACAAACCUAUGGGGAAGAAAUGAUUGCUCGUUUACGAAAUUUAUUCAUUUCAUUUCGAUAUGAUUGGCGUAAUGAUGAUUCAAUUCUUAAUCUGUUAUCAAUGAUGAUCCUGUUCUAUCCGGAAAGAUCAAAUCUAAUUCAUCGUGAUUAUAUCGCCGUACAAUUUCAAACAUACAGUCAUCUAUUACGAAAAUAUUUACAAGUCAAAUAUUCAUCCAUUUGCGAAGGACGUUCAAUCUAUCUUAAAUUAUUAACAGGUAUCCAGGAGAUACGAUAUCUGAAUGAACAAUUUUUGGAUUUAAUGUUGAAAAUUGAUAUGAAAUUAAUUGGUCCAUUAACACUUGAGUUAUAUGAUUUAAAUUUAAGCAAAAAAAAUAAAUUGAAUCAUUGAGAAAUGAA